CAUUUUAUUACACAUGCGCAUUCUCUUCUCACUGAUUGGCAAGCGCCUUACGCUUUCUCCCCUCCUCCAAGAGCCCCCUUAGCAACGGUCACCGUUGAGACGGAGGGAGACGCCUCCAGCGGAUUGGCUACACCCGACCUCUCUGCAGCGUAGAUUGGCUGAAGCGUCGACAGAGGGCCAGGCCUUGGCAGUCGCUGUCCGAGAAGCGGCUGUCCCAGAACCGAGGCAGGACCGAGCCUGCGGUGACCUGCGGCACAGAGGAGCGACAAGAUGAUCCGCCAGAAGUCCAUCCAACUCCAGGGGCUGAAAAUGCAGUCGGAGAUUGAACAGCACUCCGAACUGCGGCGAGAACCCGAGAAAGACCUCUGCUCAUUGGAUGACUUGGCCAUGCGGAUGCGAACGAGUGUGCGGACCGAGUCGGGGACCGUGGCCUCGGUGGACGCAGAUGAAGAUCCUGCAGCAAACUUGUGCCCGCCGCCGCUGCCCCAGCCCCGGAUCUGCAUAUGGAAGUACCUGAACAUCCAUUCCAUGCACAGGCUGGAGAAGACAGCCAACGUUGAGGAGAUGAGGGAGGUGCUGGCCGAGCUGUUGGGGCUGACCUGUCCUGAGCAGAGCCUGCGGGAUGCUAUCACACUGGAUCUCUUCUCCCAUGUACUCAUCUUCUGCCGCCAGCAGGGCUUCUCACUGGAGCAGACAUCAACAGCUUGUGCCCUGCUCCAAGAUCUUCACAAGGCCUGUAUUGCAACCCCCUUGGGCAACAUGGAGGAAUGUUACCGCUACUUCACCAGUGUUCUUUUUUGCCAUGGAGUCAGGCGACCCCCCUUCAGUAUCAACCUUUUUAAGGAGGAACAGCUGCUGGCCCUGGCGGAUUAUGUGGUCAACACCUACUUCCGCCACUUCAAGCUCUACAAAUAUGUCUUCACACCGCAGGUGCGGCUGGACAUAUCUUUGACCUACACGGGGCUACAGCCACCCAAGCUCUGGCCAGAGGAAGAGACAGAGAAAGAAGAGGGUGAAGAGGUGGAGAAGCAGGCAGUCACCCCACAGAAGGAGGAACCUGAAACGGUGGUCCAGCCAGAACAAGAGCCAAGCCAGGUCUCCGUCCUCCGAGCCUACAUCAAGACCCAGAUGAACAAGGAGCUGGAGCAGCUCCAACAACUGAUAGAGGAGAAGCUCAGGGCCAGUGAGGAAAAGCUCAGCAGCAAGCUGACCGCACUCGAGCGGCCCCUCCAGCUCCCUCCAGGCAAAGGCAAGAACAAGACCAAGUGACCCCCAGCGUUUUCCCCAAUAAAGGCCUGGGCCAGAGCAGCACCCCCUACCCCCCAACUCCAGAGCACCUUCUGGGCUUCCCUGCUGAAGGCAGACACCAGAUACAGGGCACUGGCCUUCCCUGGUGUGCAGCAGAUUUUAUUGCGGACGUGGCACAGGCAGCACUGACAAGGCCAGGUGUGGCACUCUGGGUGGCUCUCUCCCACCUCAGCUCUGAUCUCAAAGCCCUGGCCAGCCGGGGACGGUGUACAGGGCUGGUCUCUAUGAUACUGUGAUCCAUGCUGGGCCUGGCCAGGCAUGGAGGCCCAAGGUCAGAGCCCAGAGCGGCUGGAAUGAUAAAAAUCCUCCUCCUGGAGGGUUCUGCUUCUUGGGAUUCCUCAGGGCUGAAGUGCUAGCCCAGCACCAGCACGGUCUCGUCCUCAGCGAUAGUAGCUGAGUCCCCCUCCUCUUCAGGGCCCAUCAUGGGCAAAGGCCCAGGGGGCCGGUGCUGGAAGAGGGCCGCCCGGUUCUGCUGCUCGCCCUUCUUCACCCAGUGUCCGUAGAGCCGGAAGGCACAGCUGUCGAUGAGGCGGCGCACUGGCCGCAGUGCAUAAGGGUCCCUCAACAGUGCACUCUUGGUCAGCGGCCGUACUCGGUGCAUGCUUAAGGCCACUCGUCCAGCAGCCAGCACUGUCCACACUGCCACCUGGGAAGGGGAAUCGUGUGAGCGCGGCUGCAGCACCCACCACGAAGAAUCGUGGGACAGAGGAGCAGGUCCAGACCCUGACACUCUCAGGCUUACCCGGAACCGCUGGCGGGGGCUGAGGUUCCACGGUUGGCUGCCUUGACAGCGCUCAAAGAAUGGGUGCUGGAGGGCUUGCUCCGCGGUCAGGCGCUUCUCAGGAUCUACCUGCAGCAGCCUUGAGAUCUAGGGGAAACCCCAGAGCAUGAAGGGCAGCUCUGGGGCCUCCCUCCUAGCCCUCUCACAGCCCCAGCUCACCAGGUCCUUCACAGUGUCGGAACGGUCAUCCCACUCGGGUGAACUGAACUGGUACUGGCCCUCCGUGAUCAUGCGUAACAUCAGGAUCUGGCGUCGGUGCCAAAAUGGUGGUGAGCCAGCCAGGAGUGUGAACAAGAUCACCCCACAGGCCCAGCUGGGAAAGAGAUCAGGGUCAGAAGGACUAGGUGAUGGGCAAAUGUGUUGAAGGACAUUACACAAAGGGGACGGGGGGACCGGAAACUCACAGAUCGACCUCCUUGCCGUAGCCUGGGUGGGUUUCAUCCAUGGAGCACUUAAGGAUCUCUGGUGCCAGAUACCCUGGGGUCCCACACAACUCUGGGGAGAGAGGGCUGAGAUUGAUGGGAUGUCACCAGUCCCCUUGAUGGGCCCUUAACACCAGACCUCUGCUGGAGCCUCAACACCACCAGGGCCACAAGUGUUCCCAUUCUGCUCCUGCCUGCCCUCUGCCAAGUCUCAGUAUUAGAUCCUAGCCCUGCUGAACAAUUCAAGUACCCACCAAGGCUGGUGGCCUUCCUGGGAAAACCUGAUUUUUGGAUUGACUACAAGGUCCUAUCCAACUGUAUCAUUUGGUUCCUCCAACCCUCUAGCCAAGCCCAACCUACUCCUCAUGCAACUUAUUACCACAUUUUUACACACAUACAUGGAAAACAAACCUUAAAUCUUUUCAGCAUUCCUUUCUGCCCGAAUCUAUUCCUCCUCCUAUCAUCUCUACUGUGGUUAGUGGAACCACCAUUCAACCAAGGGGAAUGAGUAGGAAAGGAGCUAUUUUAGCAAGUCCUUUGUUUAAAACCCCUCCCUGGCUUCCCAUCAUGGCCUCAGGAUCAAAUCUAGACUCCUGGAACACAGAGCCCUUCAUGACUUGAUCUAAAUCUAUAUAUUUAGUUUCUUUUAUCUCUUCAGGCACCAAUUCUUCCAUCCCAGCAACUUCUAAACUGUGAUCCAUGGCACACUUCCAGAUCUUAAUAGGCAUGAAUUGAAAAUAACUUUCUUGGGAAAUUCAUUCCUACACCAAAUAUUUACUGAAUGCCUACCAUGUGCCAAGCACCAUACUAGACACAGUGGUAAAUCUAAUGUGCCCUUACCAAGUCACCAUCCACCAGAAAAAGCAAACAAGUAACAGAGUAAGACGUGUGUCACAAAGAGAGGAGAAAUAAGA